CCCAGGUGUUUUUCCAUUUUGUAAGUUUUGUUAAGUUAGCUUGUCAUUUUUGUCCACCAUGUUUGUAAUGUUUGUAUGUUUAAAAAACAAUCGGGUUGACUUUUGGACGAAGCCCCUCUAUAUAGGGAUGGAGCCUCCAAAGUCAACCCAGUUGUUUUUUCGUUUUGUAUGGUUUGUAUUGUUUGUCGGUCUAGUUUGCACAGUUCGUAUGUUUUGUAUUGUUUGUAAAUAUGUUUGUAUGUUUUGUCGUUUUAGUUUGUAAUGUUUGUAUAUUUGUUUUGUUUAUUCUGUUUACAAGUCCGGUUUGUAUACUUCGUAAUUUUCAUAAUACCCAAACUACCCCUAUUAUUAAUCAAAAAGUCCUUCCCACUUUUUAACCGUCAGAUUGGCGUGUCCAAAUCUAAAGGUCAGGAGGGGGUUAGUCAAGUGACUAAGGACCCCCUCUUAGUCAUGGGAUCCCGCCCCCUCGGCCCACCGUGGUGUCAGUGCCCUGUAAUUUCAUAGCAACAAACUUGUUUGAACUCUCAUGCAAAGUAUGCAACAAUGCUUGUCUAUUUCUGAUGUUUGAAGGGAAAGGUAGAGAUAUUCUACCUUAACACUGCAGAGACUGGACCAUGAGGUUUCGCUGUCGCUGAGAACAAAAGACGUUCCCUGCAUACUGUCAAGUGCAUAAACGACCUAGUUAUGCCCCUAAAUAAUGGUAGCUAAAGCUAAUACAAACGCAACAUAUUGCGACGAAGAUAAAUGCAGAAAGCUAGCAACUGCACGAAAUUGACUGUUAAGCCCACUACAUCUCCAUAAAAGGCAUAAUUGUCGGAAUUAUAUGUGCAUUUCUAAUAUACAAAGUAUGUCAGCUUUAUUACCAUAACCGAUUUGAAACGACAACACUAAAGGGCUAAAUUUAGAUGACCAAAUCAUGUGUGGACAUGCCAUGGGAUGCCAAAUUAGUAUAAAUAAAUUCCUAUUGAAGUUCUUGACUUUUCGUACGAGUUCAAUUGAUACGAUGGAUUUGUAUUAUUUUCUCAACAUAUAAAAUUUUAACGCUUAUCGACCCAUUUGAAAGUUCUCCAAAGAAAGUCAUUUGUCUCCAUCACAACUAAGUAAACAACGAAUCUUUUUAAGUAUUGAUACAACAUUUUAUUUAGAUCGGAAAAGCUUUUACGCGUACUAAUUUUCCGGCCAACAGGUUGGGUCCAAACUAGUUCAACCAAGGUGUCUGUCUCCACCUCUUCUUCCUCCCCCCCCCCCCCCCCCCCCCAAUUCCACAAAAAAAGUAGAGAAGUAGUGAAAACGAGAGGAUGAAGAGCGCACUCUGUUGAUGUGAAGGAAGUUUGACUAAUCGGGUCGAAACUGUUCCGAGCGAUCAUUGUUCGGACCGAAACGAACCAAACCAUAAUGUAAUUCGGCUCGGAAUCGAUUGCGUAUUUUUGCUCUUCCCGGCUGAUUUUAAUCAUGUUUGAUUCGGUUUCCCUCGUAACCGAACCGAGUACCAACCACUAACCCAGCCCACGGGCCACGUCUUUAUCCCUUAUCUGUCGUUAGUACUACUCCAACCCAUUAACCAAUCAACGUAUUCCACGCGUGACGCGUCCCCCGACAACCGAUUCUUCCCCGUAUAUAGUUUCGUCAUCUUCUCAUCGCCGUCUCGGUCGCCUUCAAACCUUUUCGCCCCUUUCUCUCCUCUGCGAUUAGGGUUUCCGUAAUCUGUUUCGUUACGCCUAGAUCUCGCCCUUCCUUCCGAUUAAGGCUAUACGCGUCUCCGCCCUUCGCCCACCUGGAAAACAUGAUGCAGCAGCCGGGAGCUGGAGUCGCACCUCAGAUGGCUGCGUCGGAUCCGCAGUAUCAGCAGCAACAGUGGAUGAUGCAGCAACAGCACCAUCCGGUUCCUCCUCCGGCCGGAUGGACUCCGCCACCUGUCCCGCCGCCGACUCAGUACGGUGCUCCCCAGCCCGCUGGUGCUGGUGCGGGGGCUGAUGAGAUCAAAUCGUUGUGGAUUGGGGAUUUGCAGCCGUGGAUGGACGAGACUUAUCUUAUUAGCACCUUUUCUGGCACUGGAGAGGUUGUUUCUACUAAGGUUAUCCGCAACAAGCAAACAAAUUUGCCUGAGGGAUAUGGCUUUAUAGAGUUUGUCAGUCAUGCAGCAGCCGAGAGGAUCUUGCAGACUUACAACGGGACCCCAAUGCCAAACUGUGAGCAGAGUUUCCGGAUGAAUUGGGCUACCCUGGGUGCUGGUGAGAGGCGUCAGGAUGAUGGUCCGGAAUAUACCAUUUUUGUUGGAGAUUUGGCAGCCGAUGUGAAUGAUUACCUGCUUCAAGAGACAUUUAAGAAUGUGUACUCCUCUGUGAAAGGGGCAAAAGUUGUCACUGAUAGGGCCACUGGACGUUCCAAGGGAUAUGGGUUUGUGAGGUUUGGUGAGGAGGGUGACCAAAUGCGGGCAAUGGUUGAGAUGAACGGCCAAUACUGCUCCAGUAGGCCCAUGCGGAUCGGCCCUGCUGCUUCAAAAAAACCUGUUGCCCAACAAUUUCAAACUGCUACUUACCAGAAUGCUCAAGGGAGUCAGGGCGAGAAUGAUCCAAAUAACACUACUAUAUUUGUUGGUGCUCUGGAUCCCAGUGUAUCAGAUGAUGUUUUGAGAUCAGUAUUUGGUAAAUAUGGUGAGUUAGUCCAUGUGAAAAUUCCUCCUGGGAAGCGUUGUGGAUUUGUUCAGUUUGCUAAUAGAUCCUCUGCAGAGCAAGCACUACAGAUGUUGAAUGGAACUCAGUUAGCUGGACAGAGUAUCCGACUAUCUUGGGGACGUAGCCCGUCGAACAAGCAGGCUCAACCAGAGCAGAACCAGUGGAACGGCGGUGGUGGAUAUUACGGAUAUGCUCAAGGAUAUGAUGCAGCAGCAGCAUAUGGUUAUGCAGCCGCUCCACAAGAUCCUAGCAUGUACUAUGGAGGUUAUCCUGGCUAUGGAAACUACCAGCAGCCAGGAGCUUACCAACAGCCGGGACAGGUUUAUCAGCAGCCACAGCAGUGAUUUCUAAACCACCGUUUGGCAUCCAUUGCCAAACUCAGAGCAGAGAGGACCAUCUGCGGGGCUUUGCCGUGGCUAUGGAUGUGAGGUCCUUGCGUUUCACCAAUUGACAGUGUCCCUAUUGGGUUGGCGCUGGGCUUUCGUGCUGCUGCUUUCUAUUAGAGGCUGUUAGGUUCUUUACGACGAUGAUCAGUGUACUGUGCAGAUACUGUGUUGUAAUGCCUUGAUGUUUGUGGAGGUUGUGUACUGCCCCCUAAAGGAUUGUUUGCUUUCUACUUUGUGGAAUUCUGUUUAACUGCGUCAAUGUCUAUCAUGGCAUGUCUUCAUACUCCUAGCAAAUUGGUAAUCAUGCUCCUUUCUCAUUCUCGUCAAAUUGAUGGAGUAGUGAGGUUUCUGAUCGCUAAUCUCAUGAACUAGUUUCAAGAUGUGGAAUGUUGAUUGGUGCCGAAAGCUGAGGAACGAUCAUUACCAUGGAACUGUGGUCUUCUUAAGAUCAAUGAGGUUAUGCAUGGUAACAUUGUACCCUGUUUGUCGAUUUAGCCAGCAUUUGUAAAGUUGCAGUCGCAAUCUUAACCAGAGUUGCAAAGUUGCCUAUCUGUUAUUGGUGCAUGGCGUCCAAAAGCUUCAGUUCCAGAGCUUCUUGCUCCGCUAGAGAAAUGGAGUCGUCUAGUACACUUUCUUUCUUUCCUCUAGUUUCACCAUCAUCAUCAUUACCACAAUAUAUUCGAUUCAGUAUAGUUUGGUCUGAUGCGGUCUAUUACGGACCAAACGUUGCACACCCCUAUCCAUACUUAAGGGGGAAAAAAGGAUUCUAGCGUCCCAAUCUUCAACCACCAGGUCUCCUACGACGAUCACAGUCCUUUCACUACUGGUGUUGGACUCCUGGCCACCGCUAGUUGUGACUAGCAAUCCCACCAAGUUGUCCGUCUCCACCUCUUCUUCUUCUUCCUCCUCCUCCUCCUCCUCCGACGCACCACCUUUAUUGCCAUAGAGAAAGUAUAGAAGUAGUGAAAAUGAGAGGACGAAGAGUGUUGCGCUCCGUUGAUGUGAAGGAUGUUCGGCUAAUUGAUCUAAACUAUUCUGAACCCAGCAUUGCUCGUAUCGAAAUUAAUCAAACCAAAAUGCAAUUCGGCUCGAAAUUGAUUGCAUAUUUAUGCUCUUUCGGUUGAUUUCAAUCAUAUGUUUGGUUCGGUUUUUUAGGGAGUCGGACCGAGUACCAACCGCUAAUCCAGCCCAUAAACUUGUAAGCCCACGUUCCUUAUCCCUUAUCUGCCGUUAGCGCUACCCCAACCCACUAACCAAUCAACGUAUUCCACGCGU